CCCGCCGAGCGGCAUGGCCGGGGGCCGGGGGUGCCGCCGCCACCCGGCCCUGCCCGCAGCCCUGCCCGCAGCCCUGGGGCUCUGCCUGUCCCUCUGCCUGCUGCUGCCGCCGCCCGCCGCCGCCUGGAGCCCGGCCCUGCUGCCGCCCGCCGCCCGCAGCAACUGGUGCUCCUACACGGUGACACGGACGGUGUCGUGCCACGUCCAGAACGGGACCUUCCUGCAGAGGGUGUUCCAGGGCUGCCGCUGGCCCCUGGCCUGCAGCGGGGGCAGCUACCGCGCCGUGGUGCGGCCCCUCUACAGGGUGAUGUACAGGACACUGACGGCGCUGGAGUGGCGCUGCUGCCCCGGACACAGUGGAGCCAACUGCGAGGAAGGAGGCGAUGCUCCACGGGGGGGUCCCCCCGUGCUCACCCUCCUUUCCUCGGCAGAGGCUCACACCUCCCUCACCCUGCGGGACCCCGGGCGCCCCAGCGCUGCCCCCCGCCGGCCCCCCCUGCACCCCACGGCCUUCUCAGGGUGCCUGAACUGCAGCCGUGUCGGGGAGCUGACAGCCCGGCUCGCCACCCUCGAGGCACAGGUGGCCCGGCUGGCGGUGGCCGAGCCCCCCAAGGGCAGCAGCCCGGGCAGGGGGCCCGAGGCCGGGCAGCUCUGGGGGUCCCCGGCUGCCCGCGGGAGCCCCGGGGAUGACGGGAGACCAGGCUGGAGGGGACCCCCCGGGCCCAAGGGCGACGCGGGAGGACGGGGACCCUCGGGAAUUCCUGGAGUGAAGGGGCCAGUGGGGCCACCAGGUCCCCCCGGCCCCCCAGGACCACCCGGCCGGGAUGGAGCCAGGGGGCUCCCCGGAGAGAAGGGGUCCCCCGGGCCCCCCGGCCCCCCGGGCCCCCCUGCCCCUGUGGGGCCGGCGAUUCCCCGGCUGGCCGAGCCCAGGGACCCCGUCCUCUCCAACACCUUCACCGAAGCCACCAGGAGCAUCGUGGGUCCCGUGGGACCCCCCGGACCCGUGGGGCCAAUGGGUCCCCCCGGCCCCCCAGGUCCCAUCGGUCCCCCCGGGCCCCCAGGACCCGAUGGCAGGGCAGGAGCGCCCGGAGCUGCCGGGCCCCCCGGCGAGAAGGGGGACAGGGGUCCCCAGGGCCACCCGGGCAGCCGCGGGCAGGACGGGGCGCAGGGCGAGCCGGGCCCCCGGGGCGAGCCGGGCGACAGGGGCACUUGGGGGGAGGGUUUGCACCAGCUCCGCGAGGCGCUGAAGAUUUUAGCGGAGAGGGUUUUAAUCUUGGAAACAAUGAUUGGGCUCUACGAGCCAGAGCCCGGCUCGGGCAGCGGCGCCCCCGGCACGGCGACCCCAGGGGUGCCCCGUGCCAAGCGUGGCAGCGGCCACCCCCCGUACCGCAUCGUCACCGCGCCCCGCCGCGCCCCCCCCGAGCCGUGACAGGGCGGGGCCGUCACCCGGCCACCCCGGCCACCCCGCUGUGCCACCCUGGGGAGCAGGACGGGCUCACCCCCGUCCCCCCUCUUGGUGCUACUGGUGGCACGGCACCGCCC